AUGACAGAAUUUUCAAAGUUAAAGGAUUUACCAAAGAGACCUUUUAGAACUUUAAUAGGAUCAAGUAUCUUGCUAUUAUAUGGACUUGGACCUUUUUUAAUGUUAAUUGUUUACUAUUAUGCUUAUUAGGGAAGCUUAGCAUGCAGAAUUCUUUCUGUGUUGCAAAUUAUUGCUUAAAUCUUUGCAAAAAGAAGCUAAACAUAUCUCAGUUUAUUAAGGUACCUUGACUUAGAAUUGUAUUUUGAUGGCUUCACUUUCGAAACAGUUGAUGGACCUAUUAAUUAAGAGAAAUCUCUUUUUGCUGUCCAUCCUCAUGGUAUUUUUAGUUUAGGCAUGUUCUUAAAUAAUCAUAGAGAUCACUUUGGAAAAAAUGCUGUCGUGUGCGGAUCGCGUAUGGUAACUAUAGCUCCAAUUAUGGGUCUUCUACAUAAAUUAGGAGGAAUGGUUUCUGUAAACCCUGAGAGCCUUUAGCAAAUAAUGAAAAAAGGAAAUAAUAUUGCUUUAUUACCAGGUGGAUUUGAAGAAGCUACUAUUUCAUCAAGAAAAGAAAAUAGAAUAUUUAUUAAAUCAAGAAAAGGGUUUAUAAAAUAUGCAAUAAGAUACGGUUACAAGGUUUAUCCUACUUUUGUAUUUAAUGAAAAUAGAAUAUACAACUACUUUGAUAAGUUUGAAAAUUUUAGACUAUUUUUAAACAAAUUUAAAUUAGUUGGAGUUAUUUUCUGGUCUAAACUUGGAAUGCUACCUGAAUUCAAUCACGAAAUACAUACUGUUGUAGGAAAACCUAUGGAUCUACCUCAGAUGGAAAAUCCUUCAUAGGAUAUAGUAGAAAAAUAUCAUACUUAAUACAUUGAAUAACUAUAAGCCUUAUAUGAAAAAUAUUCUAAAAUUUAUAACGUUAAAGAAGAAUUAAAAUUAUAUUGA